CAGUCGCAUUUUCACAAAGUUCCCCAUCCCAUUUUUGGCGCUCGCUCAGCAAUAGCCCGACUGAUAACAACAGCGUCACCAUGGCAGAACGUCACCACAAGAUGGGAGGGGCUGCCAGGGGGCUGUCGACUCCAGUGUUGUAUCCUCCCCUCGUAUCGCGUAAUCACCGAUGAACCAAGCUCCUCCUUCCGCUUCUGCCUUCGUGCCAAUGCCGCCCAAGCCACGAGCCGCCCAAGGUAGCAUCGCGCUAUCUCGGAUGCCGGCGUCACCAAGGAUGGCGACAAUACCGGACAAUACUUUAGAGUGGUUGCGCGCUGCUGGGCUCCUCCCGCACGCCCUAGCUCUGGGCCGCAGGGUUUGUUUCCUCGCCGUGGAGAAGAUGACGUCGAUAUCCAAGGGCUUCCUCCUGCUUUCGGGUCUCGUCCUGGCGGGCGUCGCCGGCCAGGACAACCUAGGUCUCAGCAACGGCUACAUCAACUUGACCACGGCCAACUUCAACCUCCAGCUGGUGCGUGAUGCCCAAGUGCUUGUCUCGCUCAAGCCGACAGGCGAUGCCUUCGACUUUUUGCCAUUCGACUACUUGUCCCUACGGGCGCGCAACGGCCAAUAUCACUGGGGCGACAUCACAUUCCGCUACCGACGAGCGGGCGACGCAGCAUGGACAUCCGGCGACUCCUCCACUGCUCGUCGAGCCGUCCCUGCUGUGGCCACCCCGUCUCCCGGCGUCUUAUUAUCGUCACUUCUUGGUCCGACCUUGGGCAGUACUGCGGGCCCCCUCAACAUCACACGCGAAUGGCUGGACGUGUCGGGCGAUCUUGGCCUACGCUUCAUCAUCCAGAACUCGGGCUCGCAGGCAGUCGAGCUGGGCAGCCUUGGCUUCCCAGCUGAGUUCAACAGCAUCUUCACGGGCCGCCAUGCAUCGGACAUGCAGCGCCUCUGUUCCCUGUCCGACCCCUACAUCGGCAUGCACGCCGGCCACAUCCGCGUCGCCCCCAUCCGCGGCACCGGCGCCGCUCUUGUUGUGACGCCCCUUGGCGACACCCCUAUGGAGGCGUAUCGCAAUCUGUGGGAGAACGGCUACGAGGGGACUUGGCACGGCAGCCAGACGUUCGAGGGGCUGUACGAGUGGCAGGUGCUGAGCAAGGCAUGGGCCGAGACCGAGUGGCGCGGCCAGACACCAUGGAAUCCUGCCUCUUCCAGGACGCUACAGCCAGGCGAGUCGCUGCAGUUUGGAGUCCGCUUUUCGGUGGCCAAGGGAGGCGUGCGUGACCUUGACGCCACCGUCCGCGGCACGGGCACGCCCACAGCCGUCGGCGUGCCUGGCUACAUCGUCCCGAGGGGAGUUGCCGCGCAGCUGUUCUUGCAGUCGGCAUCCGUGGUGCAGUCCAUUAGCUCGGAGCCGACUGGGGCACUGCAGGUCUCCCAAAUUGGAUCAGGAAAGUACGCCGUCACGCCAUCUUUGGGCGCAUGGGGUCGCUCACACCUCAGGAUCCAGUACUCCGACGGCAAGGUCCAGACGAUCCACUACUACAUCACCAAGUCCUCGACCGAGGCCGUGGCAGACCUUGGCCGAUUCCUCACCACCGCCCAGUGGUUCGACGACUUGUCGGAUCCCUUCGGCCGCGCCCCGUCUGUCAUGACGUACGACUACGAGACAAGGUCCAUCGUGACACAAGACUCGCGGGCGUGGGUGGCUGGGCUUAGCGAUGAGGGUGGGGCUGGGUCCUUCCUGUCUGCCUUUAUGAAGCAAGCCAUCCAGCCCAACGCUGACGAGGUGGCCAAGCUUGAGGCGUUUGUGGACGGUGUGCUGCGUCCGAGACUCCAAACCGCCGACCUCGGCGUACGGAAGAGUCUCUUCUUCUACGAGCCCGCCGCCGUGCCGGGCUAUUCGUAUGACACGAGCCUCGACUGGACGAGCUGGACAUCGUGGAACCGGGCUGCGGCGUCCACAAUCGACCGUGCAUACAACUAUGUUCACGUCGCCGCUGCCUACUGGUCCCUCUACCGGGUGGCGCGGGCAUACCCCAGUUUGACAAAGCGCCAUGGCUGGGAGUGGUACCUCGACCAGGCACACGGGACUGUCAUGAGGGCGAUGCGAAAUGACGUCGGAUAUAACCGGGUUGGCCUCAUGGGCGAGACGGUCUUUGGUGAGAUCCUGACCGAUCUUUCCCGGGAAGGUCGCGCGGCCCAAGCCAACGCGUUUACUGCUGCAAUGCGGUCUCGGGCGGCUCAGUGGGAUGCGGAAGAGGUGCCGUUCGGCAGCGAAAUGGCCUGGGACUCGACGGGUCAGGAGGGCGUGUACUACUGGGCCAAGUAUUUCGGCUACAACAACACGGCGGCCAAGUCUGUCAACAGCGUCUUGGGCUAUAUGCCCACCGUCCCACAUUGGGGCUGGAACGGGAAUGCCCGCCGCUACUGGGAUAACUACUACGGCGGCAAACUCCGUCGUAUCGAGCGUCAAAUCCACCACUACGGCUCCGCACUGAACGCGCUCGUCCUCCUCUCCGCGUUCCGUUCGUCUCCCUCGGACACGUACCUCCUCCGGGCAGGGUACGGGGGAACUACUGGUCCGCUCUCCAACAUCAACCAGGAAGGCUUCGCCGCCGCCUCGUUUCACUCCUGGCCCGACACGCUGCGGUGGGACGGCAUCAGCGGUGACUACGGCCCAGGCUUCCUAGGCCUUGCUCUCGGGUCUGGAACCUACGUUGUAAACGAUGGCGAGCUCGGGAUCGUAGCCUUUGGGGGCGAGCUACAGCAGCAGGACAUCGCUAGUGGGAGCUUCAGCGUCAGAACGGCAGAUGCAGUCCGGCGGAGGGUUUUCGUGGGACCCCUGGGCGUGCUUCUGAGCGUCGACUCCGGCAUCAUCAGCGAGGUCAGCUUCGACAGCUCGGGGGCUCUGUCAGUAACGAUCGCUCAGCAAGAAGGCGGGCCAGUCGCCCCCUCUGUCCUCCUCUGGGCAGAAGCCACCACUCCCAGCGCGCGUGGGGUCAAGGUUGUCACCUCAGGCAUUAAGCAGACGCGUGGAGGAUGGAGUGUUCCCAUGUCGUCGCCCAGGGUGACGGUGCAGCUUACCUGA